GUUGUAGAUGAGCUCCAAGGUGAACUCAACAUAACUGGAGCUACUUGGGAAUAUUUUUGGAGAUGUUUCAAAGCGUGAAAUGGAUUUUUGUUAUUGGAAGCAGGCAACUGUCGAGUUUUUUAAGGCAUAUCUCUAAAGUGAAGCAAUUAUGGCAGAGAUGGAAUCUCAGGAGCUUUAUCCUCUUUAGCAUAGUGGUUCAGUUUUUUUUGCUUUUUGCUGCACCCCUGAGAAAGAAAACGGCAAACAAAGCAGUAAUCAUGAUCAUCUGGGCAGCUUACCUGAUUGCUGACUGGGCUGCUAGCUUUGCAGUUGGGCUAGUCUUUGACAGUGAAGAGAAAUAUACUGCCUCUGGUGCCAUUAAUAAUACUGCUAGUUAUUUGGUGAUGAUGAACCAUGGUGUCGUUAGUACCAUCGGGUCCAGGAGCAGGGAUGAUACUGGUCUUCUUCUGGUGAUGUGGACUCCUUUUCUUUUGUUACUGGUUGGUGGCCAAGACAAAAUAACUUCUUUUGCUAUUGAGGAUAAUGAGUUGUGGCUUAGGCACUUGAUUUGGCUCUUCCUCCAAAUCUUCACCACUGGUUUUGUGUUUUAUCAAUCAUUUCAUCUAAACACACUAUGGAUCCCCACAAUCUUUCUCCUCCUUGCUGGAACAAUCAAGUAUGCGGAGCGAAUAGCUGCAUUGUAUCUUGCAAGUUCGGAUAGUUUUGGGACCUCUGUUCUUGGAGAACCUGACCCUGGGCCUAACUAUGAGAGACUGAUGAGUGCAUUCACACAUUAUAAAGGGAACAAUCUUCCUAUAAAAAUGGAGUAUGUCCACGACCUAGAAUCCCAGGCUAAUGAAAAUACUAUAGCCGAUGAUAGAGAAUUGGAUCCUCAUGAACUGGUGCAGCGUGCUCAUCACUUCGCAUAUAUUUACAAGGGACUCAUAGUCAAUCUCAUGUUCAGCUCCCGUGAGCAUACGGAGAGUCGAGAAUUCUUCACUAAAAGACGUCCAGAACAAACAUUGAAAAUAUUAGAAAUCCAGCUCAACUACUUUUAUGAUCUUCUCCAUACCAAGGUGCUGGUGGCAACGUCCAACAUUGGAAAAAUAUCUCGGGGUAUAUCCACUGGGUUAGUUGUUGCAGCCUUUUCACUUUUCAUCUUAGAAGAGAAGGGCACUUUCAAGACGGAGUUUGAUGUCGUUGUGACCUACACCUUGUUCGUUGGUGUUUUAGGCCUGGAUAUGGUGACUCUCUUCAUAUGGUUUUACUCUGAUUGGACUGUUGCUUAUCUUAAAAAGUUCGACAAAGAUUCCCUCACAUUCAAAAUCAUCAACAAGCUCCUCUUUCCCAAGAAGCAAAGGCAGCCGCAGGAGAAACCCAAGAAACUUUCUUUCCUCCGAUCCAAAAUCAUCAAGUUCCUCUUUCCCAAGAAGCAAAGGCAACCGCAGGAGCAACCCAAGAAAGUUUCUUCCCUCCUAUCCAAAAUCAUCAAUUUCCUCUUUCCCAAGAAGCAGGAGAAGCCGCAGAAACAACCACGGAUAAUAAAAAAAGUAGGUUCUAGAAGGUGGUCUGAAGAUCUAUCUCAAUUCAACUUCCUUGAUUACUGUUAUCGACGAAGGUCACAAAGCAGAAGUAAAACCAUCGGCGAGAUCAUCAGGAAAAUAGACCUUAUGGUCCGUGUCCAAGGAAUUGGCAUACGACCAUCUUUGGACAUUAUAAACGAUUUUAUUUAUUAUUUAUUAUAUUAUAUAUUUUAUUAUUAUUUGCCGAGGGACGUUAAGAAUUUUAUAGAUCUGAAGAAAAAUGACUUUAUAAUUCAGAUGAAAUAUGUGACUUCUCACCAUUUUGAUCCGUACCUAUGGGAAUUUAUCUUCCACGGGCUGUCAGAGAAAUCUUACUUUGCGGAUGAUCCGGAAGAAGCCAAGAGAAUAAGCUCAGCUAGAGGUGAAUGGAUUCUUGAGAGUGGUGACUUCAAUUACAGUCUUAUCUCAAGUACGUUAAUGCAUUGUGUCAAAAAUGUUGCUUAUGAUGAAAGCCUUCUACUGUGGCACAUUGCUACAGAACUCUGCUACAACACUGAUGGACACGAUGGUCACAAGCAUUUGUUUUGUGAAUAUUGUGAUGCUGGUUGGUACAAAAAGUGUGUCAUGGCUGUUAAAUUCUGGAAUAAUGCUGGUUGUAGUUGCAUGCCUUCGGAUUGUAAAAAUUGUGAUGCUCGUGAAUUCAGUAAGCGCCUCUCAGAUUACAUGUUUUAUCUAUUAUAUCAGCAACAAGGUAUGAUGUCCGAAGUGUCAGGAAUUUCAAAACAAAGGUUCAAGGACACCAGCUCUGAAGCGCAACGAUUCUUUAACGAAUAUGGAGGAAAAGAUCUGCCAGAAGGCUGUAUAAAUAUUCUUGGGGUGAACACAUCCGUCAAACCUGUUUAUGUGAAGGGAGAUCGAUCGAAGUCUGUACUGUUUGAUGCGUGCAUGUUGGCAAAAGAGAUUCAAGAUUUGGGACCAGAGAUUAAAUGGAAGGUAACAAGUCAAGUAUGGGUGGAAUUGUUGUCAUAUGCUGCGAGUCGUAGCAGAGCAAAAGCCCAUGUCCAACAACUAAGUAAGGGCGGUGAGCUUAUUACUUUUGUUUGGUUUUUGAUGGCACAGUUAGGCUUGAAAGAGCAUGCCUGGGUUGAGACCCGUACCAGAGCAAAGCUGAAUCUUAAUAAAUGACAGGUUAUGUACUGAAUGAUAAAUAAAUAUGAUGUACCCAAUAAUUUUCUUAAUUA